AAUCGUUGGCCGAAACGGAACGCAAAGCGGACACGGACUGUUUUUUCCGGGGAAAAACGCCGCCUUUCAUUCGAUUUGUUUGGUGCUGUCGCGGAAAAUGUCACCGCCGAACACCAGCGACUAGCUGUGAGUGAUUGUUCAGAUAAUAAUCGUAAAUAAAAGAGCUCGAAAACAGGAGAAGAGGUCGCCGAGUUCCUGGGGAAAAAAGGAGCUCAAGGAAAAGAACAUCCUCGGCUCGUGAAAAGUGUGUGUAUGUCGUGUGGGUGUAAUAUUAUUAACAAAUAUUAAGCAGUUGCCAAAGUAAAAACUCUAUUUCGCGUCGAGAGAGAGCCCAGAAAAAUUGGUGUCUACUCCUUGAAAAGGAGUUUUUCGCUUCUUUCUCUCUUCCCCGCCCGCCCUCUCUCUCUCGCUCACUCACUCGCUCUUCAACUGUGUUUGUUUCGGUGUGCGUGUGUGUGUGUCCGUGCUGCAAUCAAAAACCCAAAAGAAGUCGAGCGUUUUAAUUAAAAAUCUAAAUCACAAUUAUUUUCUAAACCGCCCAGAGAGGUGAAAAUUGCAAUUCGCCCUCUCUCGCUCUCUCUCUCUGUUGGAAGCUGAAGAAGAAGUAGCAGAGCAGACGCCGCACACCAAUACCAACGUGAUUUCGCUGUGGAAACGGAAUCGACCAAAAUGUUGUGAUCUCAUACCCUUGGAAAAGCCAAACACUGGAAGCGAAUUUCCCUCCACAGCAGAAGACCGAAGAGAAACGACAGCUGAAGCAGCUAGGAAAACAACAGAAACCAAAUUGCAAUGACUGAGCAGAGUAUUAUCGGGGCCCGGGCCUCUGUGAUGGUGUACGAUGACAACCAGAAGAAGUGGGUGCCCUCGGGCAGUUCGUCGGGAUUGAGCAAGGUGCAGAUCUACCAUCACCAGCAGAACAACACCUUCAGGGUUGUGGGGCGAAAACUGCAGGAUCACGAGGUGGUGAUCAAUUGUUCCAUUCUGAAGGGACUGAAGUACAACCAGGCCACGGCCACAUUUCAUCAGUGGCGCGAUUCGAAAUUCGUCUACGGCUUGAACUUCUCGAGCCAAAAUGAUGCGGAGAACUUUGCAAGGGCCAUGAUGCAUGCCCUGGAAGUGCUCAGCGGUCGCGUGGCAAACAAUCCAGGUGGGCCGCCCACAAAUGGCAAUGGCUACGAGGAGGACAUGGGCUAUCGCACGAUGACCAGCGAGGAUGCGGCCAUUCUGCGCCAGAACAACAGCAUAGGUGGCCACGUCACGCCCUCGGCCCAGACGCCCACCUCGCAGACCAACCAGAACAGCAUCCCCCAGAGCCCGCCGACGCCCCAGGGUCACCACCGCACCAGCAGGAAUUCCCUCAGCGCCCCACCGGCACCACAGCCCCAGCAACAGCAGCAGCAGGCGCAGCAGAUGGGUCAGCCGGGAUCCCACUACGGACCCACCGGAAACGGACCAGCUUCCAACGGCCUGCCACCGCAGGUGAACCCACAGAUUCCGCCGGCUCCGCAGCAGCCGCAACAACAACAGUUUCAGCAGCAGCAGCAGCAACAGCAAUAUCAGCAGAUGGUCCAGGUCCAGGCGGGCUAUGCGCCCACUCAGCAGUAUCAGCAACCCCACUACGUGCUCUCCAAUUCUAAUCCCAAUCUCACUGUGCACCAAUACCCGACACAGCAGCCGCAGCCGCCGCAGCAGCAGCAAGCGCCACAGCCGCCGCUCCAGAACGGUGGGAUGUACAUGGUGGGCCAUGGCCACCUUCCGAGCUCCGCGAGCGCCAACAGUGUCGUGUACGCCAGCCAGCAGCAGAUGCUCCCGCAGGCGCAUCCGCAGGCACCUCAAGCGCCGGCGAUGCCGGGACCGGGCUAUGGAGGUCCUCCGAUCCCUCCACCCCAGCAGCAGCCGGAGAAUCCCUACGGACAGGUGCCCAUGCCGCCGCCAAUGAAUCCGUCGCAACAACAGCAGCCCGGCCAGGUGCCGCUCAAUCGAAUGAGCAGCCAGGGUGGACAGGGUGGCCCACCGGCCCCUGCUCCGCCCCCGCCACCACCUAGUUUUGGAGGAGCUGCUGGAGGAGGUCCCCCGCCUCCGGCUCCGCCACAAAUGUUUAAUGGCGCACCGCCGCCGCCAGCCAUGGGUGGCGGAGCACCGCCGGCUCCUCCGGCGCCUCCAGCUAUGGGAGGCGGACCACCACCGCCUCCGGGUGGACCAGGAGCACCACCACCUCCGCCUCCGCCGCCGGGAUUGGGAGGAGCGCCCAAGAAGGAUGAUCCCCAGGCCGAUCUCAUGGGCUCACUGGCCUCACAGCUCCAGCAGUUCAAGCUCAAAAAGAAUAAGACCACCACCUCUGCUCCGGAGAAUAGCGGCAGCAGCACCUCCAGCGGAGGCAGCGGCAACUAUGGAACCAUCGGACGCAGCUCAGCCAACGGCAUGGCCUCAAUGAUGGACGAGAUGGCUAAGACGCUGGCCCGACGACGCGCCCAAGCGGAGAAGAAGGAUCCCGAUCCUGAGCCCGAGAUGAAGAAGCGUCCCUGGGAGAAGUCCAACACGCUUCCCCACAAGUUGAGCGGCGGCGCUGGCAGCGGAGCAGCUGGAAAUGGCCAUGAAGGAGCGAACGGGAACUCGGGCGGAGCUGGAAGCAACACAACGAAUAGUGGCGGAGAGUCCCCACGGCCCAUGCGCAAACGUUUCGGUAGUGCCAGCGAGGAGACCAUUCUCAAGCAGGUCAAUGGCGAUGGCCUGUCGCUGGCGCUGUCCAAUGGCGACUUGGACACCUUGAAGGCUGAGAUAGUGCGCGAAAUGCGACUGGAAAUCCAGAAGGUCAAAAACGAGAUCAUAGAUGCUAUCAAAUCGGAAUUCAAUCGAAGAUAGAUCAAAGCACUGUCACAAUAAACGCGAACGGGCACCAUGCUCUACCCUACUCCCACCACUGCUGUCGUCCGUAAGCGGACGAAGAUCAGGAUCAGAAUCAGGAGCUAGGAGAGGAGCAGGAGCCGGACGUGUAAUUUAAGACAUUCGCGAAGUAUUCGAUGAUCGAAGCUCGCAACAUUGCCAGAAUGUUGACGGUCGAUCGACGAGGCGGCGGCUUGUGCAUAGAUACGCAUAUUUAUGAUGCACUUGCUCUAGGUUAACGCAAACAUCUAGGCUAACACAAACACACACACACAAAACUGCAGAAAGGGAGGAGAAAUUUAGUCAAAGUAAUUAUAUUUUAAAGGGAAGAACUGCUUACCGAUUUCUAAGUUAUGUAACUAACUCUGUUGUACAUUAUUUUGCGUAAGUCUAUAAGCCAAUUUUUAGUGUGAGAACAAGAGAAUUGCUUGCAAUCUUCGGUAUAUCGUAACCCCCUCCCUUUCGUUUGUAUUCCCACAACCCACCUCUAUCUUUUUAGUUUGUUAUGCUACCCGGGACUUUUCCAUUGUUUCGUACCAAAAUCAAAAUGAACAACGUUUGUAAUUAAACAUAGAACGUAUCUCUCUAUACACAACCGCAAAAACAUACAUAUAUAUGGUUUAAUAUAUAUGGACUACUCAUUAACCUAACCUAAAGGGAACUAGUAUUACGACUCAAAAAGAAACAAAAACAAUUCCACAAACGUCAUCCAUCAAGGCUCCACAAGAAAAGGAAAAACUCCACGCAUUUCCUCCAACAAAACCACAACAUUUUCCUAAGCACACGAUCUCAUACGACUCAAUUUAAGAACCAGCAAGUCUUCAGUAAAUCAGAAUCAUAAACAAAAACAGUUCAAAGCGGAAUUGAGCGUGGUGUUCAGGACUCAGAUUUAGCUCGAGCGAUUUAGCAUUAGUAUCACAUGAAUAAUCACUGCGAGCCAGCGAUCUAUACGAUCUAUACAGCGAAAUUAGAAAGCUAAAUUAACAAUUGACUGCUGCGUAUUAUACACUUAAAUAAUACUUAUAAAUAUAUAAAGGAAAGCCACUAAAUAUUGUACACUCCUCCCCAGACUCGGCGGAACAGCCGAUCCUGAACAUAUGCGUACCAAUUCAACUUCCAUAUACGACUAAGACUAAAUAGCGAAAUUAUUGAAUGAUAGCAGGCCAAGCAAAUCGGAAAAAGGUGGAUCAGACAGCGAGGAUGAGGAUGGACAGGAGGCAGGAUCAGAAGGAGGAGAAGGAGAGUUUAGUUCUUAAGGCAUAACGAAGUGAAAUUGUUUAUUAAGUGGACAAAAAUUUAUUUAUACUGACGAACAGAGGAGUGGUAGUUGUGUAUAAUUCGAAUGCAUAUAUACAUUUUAAUUUUUUGUAAUUUAACAAUAAUUUAUAUUGACUGUGCAAGGUUGCGUCGAUAUAUGAUUAUAUAGAGUAUAUGGAAUACCUAGUUAUAUGGCGGCCACACACACGGUCCGGUGUGUAUGUAAAUGUUAUGAUUUUUGUAUUUUUAUAUAUGAUCUUUGCAUUGCGAAAACAAUGGAAACAAUUUAAUAUUAAACACACGUAAACUAUUUUAAACGAGACAAGUGAAAAUCGAUGCGCGUUGCAGCGGGCGCAACUUUUUAUGUAUUAAAUUAAAUAUAUUAUACACUUAUAUACAA